AUGAACGUUUACUUUCCAGAAACAGAAACUAAAAUACAAACAAAUGAAGCUUCAGAUACAACUUCACCUGAAAAUAAAAUAAUAGCUGACCUGGAAAUUCAGACUGAAUCUGGUACAGCUCCAUCUGAAAGUAAAAUAAUAGCUGACGUGGAAAUUCAGACUGAAUCUGGUACGGCUUCAUCUGAAAAUGAAACAAAAGCUAAAAUUCAGGCUGAACCUCAGCCUGAAGAAAGUAAAUUUGGUAAAUUAUUUGAUAAAUGCAUAUGUCUGUGUGGCGGUACGUCAUCGCCGGAAUGUGAAAUAGCUGCGCUUGGUCAGAAAAAAGGAGCUCGUCUGGAAAUAUCAAUUCUAUGGGACACUAUAAGAGGCGACAGAAACUAUAUUAAUGAAGAAACUUUCCUUACCUAUUAUAAAGAUGAAGAACAGAAUAAAUUGUCAAGCGUUAUGAAAGAAUUCGGCCAUCCAUAUUUAUUUAGUCAAAGUGACACUCAACUUGAAUACAUAAUGUGUUUUGACGAAUUUGCAAGAGCUGCGUCUCAAGGCUACAUACAAAUAUGUUCUACACAGGCGAUGAUUACUGUCUUCAAAGAAAUUCUUUGGUUCGCACACAAACGAACCAACAAAAAACAUGUUACCCUUAAAGACAUGGCUAAAUACUAUGGAUCAAUAAUUCCUUUACAUCAACGCAUAUAUUUUAAGACCUACAGAAAAAAAUCAGUGUUUGGUAGAUCAUUUCGAUUAACAUUCCUUGAGUUUAAAAAAGCCAUAAACAUGGGUGUCCUUCCAAAACCUGUGCGUGAUGUAAUUGCAUUUCAGACGGAAAUAGAAUAUCUAUUUCACACAAUGAAAACUAGAGACUAUGUUUCUUACAGUGACAUGUGCUGUUACUUCGAAGACUAUGACCACCAUGAAUUCGCAAACACGACGAGGGAGUAUGGAACCGCACAUGACCUUGACAGCGAGGGCUAUAUACACGAAUAUAGAAUGGAAAUUGAUAAAUUUAAGGAGAUCGGGUCUAUGGGACUCGUACCAAGAUACGGCGAGAAGGUAAUGUAA